AUGGGAGUCUACGACCAGGGAUGUCUGAACAUCCCAUUGCCUCGUUGCAUCGGGGAGCUCGUGAAGGCACCCUCAGUUCCAGUAUCUCACCCGGGAGACGGAAAUGUGCUCGAUCUACUCAUAGAGUUUGGGCGAAAAUACAACCGUGAUAUCAGUGAGAUACGGCAAGCAUGCGACCUUGCCGAAGGUUACUCGGAUCUCGUCAUCAUUCUUCAACGGCCAGCUCCACGCCACAACUACUCGGUGGACUUUGAGAAAUUCGUGGCUGAUUGUCCUACUUUGGAUGCGGUGGACAAGCUCAUCAGAUAUGCUAGUAAAGGGACACGAAGCAUCGAAACGGUAUCGGUUUUUGAUGCUUAUUCCUUUAAACCUGGAUUAACGGCUGCGUGGCCGUCAGAUGAUGACUGUCACUUGCUCCUCGAGCAAAUGCUCAAAUUCAAAAAGCCACGAGUAGUGAUAUGCUGUUGGAACAAAGGCGCCGCUACAUGUAGCAACGAAUUUGUUGGGCAAUUUGUUGGAGGAGGGGUCGGAAACCCAACAAUUCGCGACGAAAUUGAUAUUGAGGGGUGCAGAUCCGUCGCCAUACGGUGUUUUCAUCCAGCGACGGCAAUGUGCUACAAUCCAUACAACGCAGAUUAUCAAGCACUCUUGACUUACCACUUUAUUGCUGCAUUUUCAGAGCUCAGCUACAGGAUUCAUGAGCCAUGGUGGUUAGAGCAGAUCAAUACUCGGAGCAUGCAUGCUAUUAAAUGGCAGAGAAACGACCGUUUAGAUACACCAGAUGCAUAUGACCGUAUUGUUAGAAUCUUCCAUAGGAUUUUCGGGAUGAAACGAAUACGAAUAUAUAGGAGCAUGGAAAAAAAAGAGGAGAUGAUAAAUAAUUUUAUUAUGCGACUGGACAACGCGAUAUACAGGGACGGAUCGAGUCAUAUUUCUCAGCUCUUUCUUUUGAGGCUCUUCGGCACAAUUAUUUUUAUUUUUAUUUUUAUUUUGCAUAACAAGAACAGACUUGAACUGAGAAAGUGAAAUCUGGAACUUCUUAUUUUGCUAAUUAAACUAUGCUUUUUAUUAAUUAUUUUUUAUUUUUUUAGCUGGG